AUGCCAGCCUGCGAGCACGGUCACAAGCAUCCGCCAUGGCCCAAGUUCGGGCCGCUGGUCAUCUGCCCAGGUGAGCGCAAGUGUAGAUAUUGCGAAUGGCAGACUUCCGAUCGUGAAGGCGCUCCUGCAGACGCGAAGAUGGACAAUGGGGCUGCCCAAGUCCUUAGGAAGCACGUGUACCAUGAGCAUACUGAUGGUGGAAAGGAAGAUAGAUCUGGGGUGGAGGUCAUGCUAUAUCGGCCAGGACAGAAGAAAACGAAAGGAGAGUCGAUGGGACGGUUUGCAGGUGGCGAGACAGAUGACGAGGACGAGAUCAAUGGUCUCAGCGAGGAUGAUUCGAGCCUCGAAGACCACGCAAUGGAAUCCAAGUGUGCCACCGAGAACGACGUCAAUCCAAAGCCAUCACUGAUGAUCAGACUCAAAGUCGCAGCGAAGGCUCAACUGAGCAAUAUCGACACACAGAAGGCACAGGAGCUACUUAGAUCGUGA